AUGUUCUACAUCAAGUUUAUCUUUAGCCAAUAUGAUACGUGUCUCGAGCCAUACCGAAGGCCGCCUCCAUGGCCGGACCCAUCAAAGAUGUUAUACAUUAAAUGGGCAAGCUUUUUGCGACACUCUUGCAACACCUUGUGGAUUGUGAUUGUCAUUAAAUCUUUGCAUGCUUAUGCACGUUUGGAGUCCUACAAUUCCACGCCAUACAUCGCGGAGCCCGACCUCAGCAUAGAUGCCUCCAAUUUCAAACCUUUUUGUUCACGACGACUUUUGGCGGAAUCGGAGCACCUCAUUAUUGCGAACAAUCUCAGCAAUCUUUGA